AUGGAGAUUGUAAGAAACCAAAAAGCCUUCUCUUCCACUUGUCAAUGUAGUUAUCAAGUGUUCUUGAGCUUCAAAGGUGAAGACGCUCAUAAGGCGUUCGUUGACCACCUCUACACAGCUUUAGUACAAGCUGAAUUUCGCACCUUCAGAGAUGACGAUGGGAUUGAAAGAGGGGAAGAUAUUAAGUUUGAGUUGCAGAAAGCAAUUCAAGAGUCGAGAAUUUCAAUAGUUGUCUUCUCAAAACACUAUGCAUCUUCAACUUGGUGCCUUGAUGAACUUGUAAUGAUCCUCAAGCGCAGGAGGAUCUCAGGACAUGUAGUCCUACCUGUCUUCUAUCAUCCAUCUCACGUGAAGAAUCAAACGGAAAGUUUCAAGGAAGCAUUCAUGAAGCAUGAAGAGAGAUUCCAGGCGGAAGAGAGAUUACAGGAAGAAGUGGGUGAAAGAAAGAAUAACUGGAAGAAUAGAGGGCAACGCUCAGAGAAGCUGCAGAUAUAG